ACACUGCAAACACGUCCAUCAGGAGCUCAUCCUUUUGCAUCCAACUGCUAUUGGCCUAGCAACGACAUCAAAUUCUAGCUCCCAAGUUUCUGGCUAGUAUAGGCCAACAAGCUAGCUCCAACCAUGCCGGCAAAUAUGAUAUCCAAGAUCCUUGAGAAGGCUGUCCUUCCACUGGAGGUUAUUGCACCCCAUGUGAAAACUGAAGCUGCUCGGACCAGCGUUCUUCGCAAUCCGAACAUGGAAAAGCUUCAGAAGGGCUACUUGUUCCCGGAGAUUAGCAUGAAGCAUGAGGCUCACCUGAAGAAGUACCCUGACGCUAAGGUCAUAAGCUUGGGUAUCGGUGACACAACUGAACCCAUUCCAAGGGUCAUAACGUCAGCUAUGGCUGAGUAUGCACUGGCGUUAUCCACCCCAGAAGGUUAUCAGGGUUACGGACCGGAGCAAGGUCAAAUGAACCUGCGCAAGGUCAUAGCUGAGAAAGUGUACCCAAACAUGGGGAUAAAGGAGUCUGAGGUGUUCAUCUCGGACGGAGCGCAGUGUGACAUUGCACGCCUGCAGAUGCUGUUCGGGCCCAACGUGACCAUCGCCGUCCAAGAUCCCACCUUCCCGGGCUACGUGGACAACGGCGUGAUCGUGGGGCAGACCGGCGAGGCGGACGAGGCCGGCAAGUACGCCGGCAUCUCCUACAUGCGGUGCGCGCCGGAGAACCACUUCUUCCCGGACCUCUCCCGCGUGCCGCGCACCGACGUCAUCUUCUUCUGCUCGCCCAACAACCCGACGGGCCACGCCGCGUCGGCCGCGCAGCUGCGGGAGCUCGUGGACUUCGCGCGGCGGAACGGGUCCAUCAUCGUGUUCGACGCGGCGUACGCGUGGUACGUGUCCGACGAGGAGGAGGCCGGCGGCGGCGACAACAAGAAGCCGCGGUCCAUCUACGAGGUGCCCGGCGCCCGGGAGGUGGCCAUCGAGAUCUGCUCCUUCUCCAAGUUCGCCGGGUUCACGGGCGUCCGGCUCGGCUGGGCGGUGGUGCCCGGCGAGCUCCGGUACGCGGACGGCUCCCCCGUGGCGCGCGACUUCGACCGCAUCGUGUGCACCUGCUUCAACGGCGCCUCCAGCGUCGCGCAGGCGGGGGGGCUCGCCUGCCUCGCCACGGAGGAAGGCCGGGCCGCCGUGCGCCGCGUGGUGGGCGUGUACAAGGAGAACGCGCGGGUGCUGGUGGACACGUUCGCGUCGCUCGGCAAGGAGGUGUACGGCGGCGCCGACUCGCCCUACGUGUGGGUGCGCUUCCCGGGGCGCCGGUCCUGGGACGUCUUCGCGGAGAUCCUCGAGAAGACGCACGUCAUCACCGUGCCGGGCAGCGGGUUCGGCCCCGGCGGCGAGGGGUUCGUCAGGGUCAGCGCCUUCAACAGUAGGGACAGGGUGCUGGAGGCCGCCGCCAGGCUCAGGAAAUACCUCGCCUGAGUACCGACUUGCACGGGGCAUAUACACA